AUGUCAACAUUCGAUUGGGAGAAGAUAUGGUUUUCUGAGGAAACGAUAACAGAGGCACGUCAGACACUGGUUGAAGCACUUUAUAUUGCAUUGAGUCCAGGAUCUCUUCCAUCCGCCUGCGUAUUUGCUUUUGAUUGCUUCCUCACUGUAGUUCAUUUCGUUGUCUCCAGUUAUAUUCUUGAUGAUUUCACGACGACUUUCUUGGGAACUGUCUACUUUCCGACUACUUUUCUCAAAAUUGUCUACAUCAUCGACUGCAUAGCAUCUGCUGAAUGGAUUCUGGAAGUCAAUGAAAUUCUGAAUCAAAUCUUCAACAUGACUAUCAUUUUAUCAUGUAUUGCAUACAAUUUCAUGUGUCUUUUUGUUGCCCAAUACCGUAAGAAUAUUCCAUUGCCAGUCUGUCGAACCGUCUUUGCUCCAAUCCUUCUUUUCUGCUCUUUUCUGGUCAUUGCCCCCAAAUUGGUGAUGGAUAGAUACAUUGACAAUUGUUUCCAAUUCACCACUCAACUCUUUGGAACUCUUUUUCUUAUUGCUCAAAUCUCCUGGAAUAUGUAUACUUUUGUAUGCAGGAAGGUUGAUACCGGACGAGAGACAAAAGAAGUUAACUCGAAUGAUGACGUCACAGCAGCAAAUGACGUCAUUCGAAAUGCAAAUGGAAGACUUGUAUGGGCCAGUUGGUUCUCAUUAAUCAUUGUGAUUCUAGCCAUUCCACAAAUAAUUGACUACUAUGUUCCACUAACAACUUCAUGGAUACCUUAUCACUUUAUGGUUCAAUCAUUGGUUCAAUUGAAUGCUCUUCUUCUUUCUUUCACUAUCUUUCUGAUUCUCCCAACUUAUCGAUCGGUCAUAUUCAGCUGUUGUAUCAAUUACAAUCGAAUAAUUAAAGUUGAAGAAAUCAAAAUAGAGAAAGAAAAUACAGAUACACCAGAGAAACGAUCGAAAAAAGAACUUGAAAAGGAAGCGGAAGCACUUGCAAAUCAUCAGCAAAUUCAUCCUUCUCCUCAUCAAAAUAUUUCAAUUCCCCAUUUCCGACACGUGGCAAUUCCACGUAUUCGAGUUCCAGUUAUUCCUCCCAUUGUGGCUCAGCCGACUGGUCAAAUUCGAAUAUUUGUGGCUCCUCCUCAGAAAAAAUAUUGA